UGUCUCAUUUUAUUUGAACAGGUCUGUGUAGGCGAAUAGACUACAAUCAAUCAUUUCAGAGGUAGGAGUCCAGUAGGGAACGAGAUCUGGUCUCACAUUUCCUUCUCUCCGGACCUGGGACAUACAUGUCUUUGUUAUGAAGCUGGGAGUGAGGCUAUGUGUGCUGGUGAUCUCUCUCCAGCUUUGGGCUCUAGGACAGGGGCAGGAGCUUGAGCCAGAGCAGGUCCUUGUGUUCUGUGAUGACAAAGACGUAGAGGCAGCUGUGGACUUGGCCCUUGUCAAGUAUAAUGAGAAGCUUCCUUAUGGAAAUCAACUAGCACUCUACCAGAUUCUGGAGGCCUCAACGGCUCAGAGUGACUCAGGCACUCAGUACUUUGUUGAAUUCAAUGGCAGGGUCACUGACUGUCCAGCAGGGGGAAACAAAGUCUGGAGAGACUGUGACUACCUCCCAACUGGGAACCAGGUGCCAAGCCCUUGUAAUGCAACGGUCCACAUGUCAGAGACAGAUAAAGAGGUCCUGGCAGUUUUCUGUGACCCAGUUGUGGAGGCCCCUGUUGUUGCUGUACGCUCCACAUGUCUGGGGUGUCCUAGGGAGAUUGAUGUGGACAGUGAGGACCUAAAGGCUCCUGUGACAUUCUCCAUCACCAGGUUCAAUGCAGAUUCUGACUCCAGCCAUCACUUCGUCCUGAACAGUGUUGGUUUUGCUACGAGACAGGUGGUUGCUGGAUUCAGGUAUAGACUGAUGUUCGAUAUGAGGAAAAGCAAUUGCUCCAAAGCGGACCACAAAGAGCUGAACGAUGAAUGUCAUCCAGAUGCUGAAGAUGUGGAACUUGCUCACUGCAAUUCUACAGUAGAUGUGGCACCUUGGAGACAUGAGACCGCAGAAGCAAAUGUGGAAUGUGCACCAGGUCCCCUUCAGAAUUUUGAAGUCUUUAGAAGAAGGCCUCCUGGAUGGUCUCCCUUGAGGAACUUCAACAAUUUUGCUGAAGCAACUCCAGCCUCAACUGCUUCAGCCAAAGAGGAGUCUUUAGAGGAGUCUCAGGAGCUCAGCCUGACUGCUGUCACCACGGCUAGCAGAGACCCAGAGCCAGCCAUGCCCCCCACCACUAAUGCCGAGAUCCCUUUCCACUGCCCCUCCAAGCCCUGGAAGCAGUUUGUCCCUCCAACAAUCCCCAGCCCUGCACAGGAGAAAAGCACAACACCCCCGCCAGCGGUAGAGGGGUGCUUCAGUGAUUUAGACUUGCUGCAGAAAAAAUAAGUGAAUGCUGUACAAUGCAUUUGUAUCAUAAGCACACCUGCUGAUUUGAAAUAAAAAUAAUCAUUUUACUCUCUUUUUGACAAUGCAGUUCAAACUUACUUUUGCAUUUCCUCAAAUUUGUCAAAGUACAUCUUAACUGUUUGGCAAUUCGAUACUAAAAAUAAAUAACUAAAUGUAUGAAAUUG